CACAAUCAUCGUGCGGCACGCAAGACUAAAUUUAAGGUGCCUGCAACACUGGCUGGCCACUGUGUACAAUCCUGCCAGGCACAGCGUUCGCAAAACCGUGGUGAUACCCGUGCAGGUCAAGCAGUCACUCCACUGGUGGACCGACCCCAGCAACAUGCUAGUAGGGGUUCCAUUUCACGCUACGCAACCAGCAAGAGAGAUGACCACAGACGCGUCUCUCCUGGGUUGGGGCGCCCACAUGGGUACCCAAAAGGCGCAAGGUCGCUGGUCCCCAGCCGAGAUGUUGUUGCACAUCAACCUCCUCGAGCUGCGGGCAAUAUUUCAUGCAUGCAGGCGGUUCAAACAGCACAUAAAAGGCACAACCACAAGGAUUCUCACAGACAACAUCGUAGCGAUGUACUAUGUGAACAGACAAGGCGGUGCUCGCUCCAGAUCCCUUUGUGCAGAGGCAGUUCGACUGUGGAAAUGGUGCAUUCGGAACGACAUUUCUCUCGUCGCUGCAUACUUACCCGGUGCACAAAACACUAUCGCAGAUGCACUAAGCAGACAUUUUUAUCAGGACCACGAGUGGGAAAUUCGUAUGGAUGUCCUCAUGCCCCUUUUUCACAGCUGGGGUCAUCCGGACAUAGACCUCUUUGCUACAAGGACCAACGCGAAAUGCAGAGCUUACUGCUCCAGAGCGGGUCUGGGCAUACACUCUCUGGGAGAUGCGUUUCUCCUUCACUGGGGAACGUCACGGUUAUAUGCAUUCCCUCCUGUUGUGCUCAUUCCCAGGGUGCUAGAGAAGGCCAUAACGGACAGCGCACGAAUGCUGCUCAUAGCCCCGGCUUGGCCCAGACAACCAUGGUACUCGACCCUCCUGCAGCUCUCGACUCGGAUACCUUACCGAUUCCCUCACCUACCGGACCUGCUGUCGCAACAGAACGGCUCCCUUCUCCAUCCGAGGCUGGACACCCUUCACCUAACAGCAUGGAUGAUAGAUGGUUCAGCUCAUCAGAGAUGCGUUGUUCGGACCAAGUAAAGCGCAUCUUGCUGUAUAGCAGGAAAGAAUCGACUAGAAAGACCUAUCUUUCAAAAUGGUCGAGAUUCACUCGUUGGUGCGCUCCUAAAGAUCUCGACCCCUUUCUUUCACCACUGAAUAUCAUAUUGGACUAUAUUCUCCAGCUGCAGACGGAUGGUUUAUCUAUAUCAUCACUUCGAGUUCAUGCAGCGGCGAUUGCGGCCUUCCACAUGCCCAUCGAGGGGAAAUCAGUUUUUUCCCAUCCUAUGGUGGCGAGAUUCUUUAAAGGCCUAGUUAACCUCAAUCCACCGGUUAGGCCCCCGCCUCCUGAGUGGAGUCUUGACUUGGUCCUCGAUGUUCUAACAAAAACCCCGUUUGAGCCUCUAGCAACCGCUCUGCUGCACCAUCUUACAAUGAAAGUGCUUUUUCUCCUUGCUAUAACGUCGGCACGAAGGGUGAGUGAGCUCGCAGCACUGAUGGCAUCGCCCCCAUAUACGGUUUUUUCUAAGGAGGCGGUAACAUUGAGAUCGCACCCAGCCUUCCUACCGAAGGUCUGUACUGAGUUCCACAUCAAUGAGCCGAUCGUUCUGACAAGCUUCUAUCCGAAACCUCACACGUCGAGACAGAACGCCCUCUUGCACACUCUGGACGUCCGCAGGGCUCUAGCCUUCUAUAUAGAUAGAACUCGUGCUUUUAGAAAAACGGACCGUCUGAUGGUCUCCACCAUGGGGCACUCUAAAGGUCAAGCCCUAUCUGCCCAACGUAUCUCGAAGAUUAUCGUGUCGUGUAUCACUACCUGCUACAACUUGGCUAAGAAACCGCUUCUAUCGCACCCUAGAGCCCAUUCGACACGGGCGAUGGCUACGUCAACGGCCUUCGUCAGAGGGGUACCUUUACGCGACAUAUGUCGUGCUGCUACAUGGUCUUCCAACACGACGUUCGCAAGACAUUAUGCAAUAGUACAGCGCCUGGCUUCUGAUUCGGCCCUAGCCUCAGCAGUGUUGCCAAGCCGCGAUGCUAGUGAUUCCGUAGCCCACGUUUAGUGGAUUACUGCUCCACGACCCGCCCUCCUCCCCGCUACGGAAUCUUCUUUAUUAUCUUUUUCAGAUGGCGGUGAGAGGAACUGGCGGAGACCGGGUCGCGCGCGGCUGUUCAAAGGCGCGAACGCUGCUCGCGCAUGCGCGACCCGGUCGGCUACAGCUAGGGCAAGCUCCGAUUCGUGGCGCCGGGACCAGCCCGACACCAGACGUGGAGCACCCACGGGGACACACCUCGAAGAA